GGCGAAGGGAUCUCCGGAACCGAAUUGCGCGUAUAAAUUUCCGGAUUCGUCGGACGUGUGAUCCUUGCGAUUCACGCUAUCCUCGUCAUCCUCGCGAUAUCUUGUGACAUUUUCCCUUCCUUUCCUGCCGCUACACAACGUGGGCUGCGAACUUUCAAUUCAAUAUGACACAACCAACAUCCAUCAACAUGACCUUCGACACAUCUCUUAUCGACCUGUGUCAAGGCCGUUCCACAGCUCUCAACUCCUCGUUCUCAACCACCGAAUCCGAGCCCUCAGACGCCGGCCAACCCCUCCCCACUGAACCAACAAUGAAGACACCAACGCUCCCCCAAGGGCCUCCAACCACAAGCCAACCCGAGUGCCAAAGCCAAGACACCCCCAAACAAUCCCAGACCCUAGAUAGCAUCCAAUCUUCAAUACCUACACUCCCCCCACCCCCAAAGUGCUCGACUCCAAUCCAACACCUCCCAACCCAAGAAGCCUACAAUGCAUGGUCCUCUGUCUAUGACGCCGACGGCAACAUGUUGCAAGCCAUCGACGAUCUGGAACUCCUUACCCUGCUUCCAGAUUUCCUAUCUCUAGUCCUCGCAUCUCAUUCUCCAGAAUCGAGACUCCAUAUUAUCGACCUGGGUUGUGGGACCGGUCGGAAUACUGCGAAGAUGCUGGGUUAUGCCUGGCCCAAGGAGGAGGAUGUACAUAUCACGGGUCUGGAUUUCUCGCAGGGGAUGUUGGACGUAGCUGCUAGGAAACUCGGGUCUAUUCAUACUGGCAAUCCAGGCCCGACACGAGUUACGUGGAGUCUGGAGCAGUGUGAUUGUUUCCCUACUGUCAAUACUCCCAACCUUCCAACCCCCAGCUCAACUACGGCGCUGCCAACAACCCAGACACCCCUCCCCCUCGCCAUCGCCGUCAUCAGCACCCUAGUGCUAGAACAUAUACCGCUCUCUGCCUACUUCUCCACUCUCGCGGCCCUCGUUCGAAAAGGUGGGUACGCACUCAUAACAAACAUGCAUGAUGAAAUGGGGCGGAUAAGUCAAGCAGGGUUUGUAAGGGAGGAUGGGGUGAAAAUCCGGGGAACAAGUUUUGCGCAUGGGGUGGAUGAGACGGUGGAGGAGGCGCAGAGGAUGGGGUUUGAGGUGGUGGUUGUGAAGGAGAGGGGGGUGGAAGCGGAGGAUGUAGAGAGCGGGGUUGUUGGGGUUAAGGUUUGGUAUGGGUUGGUGGUGAGGAAAGCCGAGUGAGGUGACAAGAAGGAGGGAAGUUGGUGUGGCGGACGGUUAAAAGAACUUUGGAUUAGGAUCUCCUCUUACGAUCUCCAGCUUGAACUAGAGGUUUCGGUAAUGUUGAGAAAGAUUCCAAG